AGAAAGUGUGAGAGAGGGGAGGGAGAGAGAGGCAAAAUAAAACGAAAAUUAGAUGGGAGCGAUGGAUCUUCCACAGAAAGAGCAGAUGCGAGCCAUGAGUCGCUGCGUUCAGGAGAAAGACUGGUAUCCGAACACAUCAUCAAUUCAAACAUGUGUUCCUCAUUUCCAGAAAAGAAAUCUAUUAUGAACACACUGAUCAUGGAAUAGUCACUAAAUGUCAGAAGACAGGCUAGUUAUUGGGAAUUUCAUGUUCUCUUUUCGAGGUAAAUUCUCCAUGGACCUAGUAGAUCCACGGUUUCUUGGACUUCUCAGUGCAUUGGCAAAUAUUUUUUUGGUUGCGGCAACGUAAGCUGACAUGGAUGCUGGAGUAAGCAUGGAUAUACAUAGUUUGGAAAAAAGAAAUAAACUUAAAGUGCAAUGAAUUUUGUUGUUAGUAACCAGGCCAAACUUUUCUUCAAUGAUCUACUUUAAGUAGUGCUUUUCAUCAAAUUUGUCUUUAAUGAGGAAAAAUUGCCAUUAUUAUCGAUUUACAAUCGAUUUUAUUCGCAAAGCCAAACUGGCGGAAAAGCUCUGACAGGCCUGGAUAUGGAUCGCAUCUUUUAAACUCUUAUACAAAAGAAAGAAAGAAUAUCAAUCAAAUCCUAGUGAAAAUGAUUUCAAACGAGAAUGAAUUCAAGCGUCGAACAUCGCUCUCAUCCAGUCUACGUCGACUUCAAAAGCGACAUGGUACGACGUCGACAGGUGGCCUGGAGCUUAUCGAACACGAUUACUCGCAACAAGAAACCGACGUCGAGUGUCGACCAAGUCCCGAUGGAAAUGCCAGGGAUAAUGCCAAUCAUUAUUUAGAAUCUGAUCAAGCAAAAACGGAGGAUAAAUCGUUCGUAAUCGAAAGAACGUUUGGGUCCAUGCACUGCACAUCGAUCCUAUUAGGGGUCCUCGUCAGCUUCGGCUCGCUCUUUUCAGUAAGGGAAAUUUUCAUGAAUUGUGGCGGUCUCAUUCCCGCCCUUUUUGUUUGGAUUUCGGCCGGUGCGAUGAUGUUUGUCGGGGCGCAGUGUUACGCGGAGCUAGCGACAUGCAUUCCCAAGUCGGGUGGAGAUUUUGUGUACCUCUAUCACGCCCUUCCCACGCCCAUGCCCGCCUUCAUGCAGGUCUGGAUGGGACUGGUGAUGGGUUCUGGGGCGACGAUCUCGGCGCUUGGGAAGAUGGGCGGAGUCCAGUUUCUUAAGUUGGUGUGCAGACGAUGUGAUGAUAUCGACAGGAGUUCACCGCUUGUCAUCAUUGUCGCAGCCCUCAUAAUAUGUUUACUAAUCAUGAUGCAUUGUCGCAGUUCUCUCUUGUCAGCCUGGUUUCAGGUAUCACUGACAUGUAUCAAGUUAGGAUCAUUCGCUUUUAUCAUCGCUCUCGGAUUCGUUCACAUAGUCACCGGACGGACAUCAAACUUGAAAGAAAAUAUGUGGUAUCCCCUGCCGACCAAUCAGGCAAGUCCCAUGGUAGCAUUCGCUGUCAGCUCUAUGUCUUUCACGGGAUGGCAGAGUCUUACUUUUGUGACUGAAGAAGUCAAGAAGCCAGAAAAAAACAUCCCAUACGUGACUUCAUUCUCUGUUCUGAUUGCUAUUGGUUUAUGUAUGGCUCUAAACAUAUCCUAUGCCACUCUGUUGACGCCUCAAGAGCUACUCUCAUCACAACCGAUUAUAAUGUUGAUCGGUGAUAAAGUUCUAGGAUCAUGGUCUAAGUUGGUUCAUCUACCUAUCUUAAUUUGCACCCUUUCGGAUAUCAACAUUAUCAUCUUAAUAGUUUCAAGGAUGUUUUUCUCCGCUGGUAGAGAGAGGCAGUCCCCUAGUCUUUGGGCAAUGCUGAAUGUACGAUACAACACCCCAUCCCCUGCUAUUCUGGUUAUGCUGCCCAUAGCUCUCAUUCUGCUGGUACUGGACAUCAGUUCAGUGCUGUCAAUUCUUGGUCCAUUCCAAUGGCUGACCAGUGCAAUGGUGGUGGCUACCCUUCUCAUCUAUAGAAUACGAUACCCUGACCGGGACAGACCAUUUAAGGUUCCUUGGGCGUUUCCAUUUAUCUACAUCCUCUACUGUAUAUUUCUGACGUCGCUAGCCAUCUAUAACAAUCCUCGUGUUCUUGGCCUAGUUCUUGCUAUCAUUGCCCCGGCCUUCCCGCUUCAGAUCAUUCUCAUCAGACUCCGAAGACCAAGAACAUUUCUAAGAGCUGUCGGAAAUGUGACCCGAUUUCUUCAGAAGCUGCUUCUGGUUGCUAAACCUGAUGAUAGUGGGCAAGAUAUAAACCUUUAAUCCAGAGAAGGGAACAGACUGGUACUUCACUCAGAACAUUUCCUGUUUGAUAGCUUCAGGAGGCCAUUUCAUAAAGCUGUUCGUAAGUUAAGAGCGACUAAGAAUGACUGGUGAUCCUUUCUUACGCGAUACUUAAUCACCAAUGAACAUUAAAUGGUGAAUAUCUUUUACCGCAAGAAAUGAUCACCAGUCGUUCAUAAAGAUGCUCUUAACUUACGAACGGCUUUAUGAAACACCCACCAGGUCCGUGUCUCACAAAGGAGUAUCUGAUCACUCUCAAAUGACAAUUAUUGCGUAUGCCAUUUUAUAUUGUACAACGCCUACUUAGCUUGUUGUACACAAGCAAAUGAGAGGCUGUACGUGCAACAUUCUGUACUGUCCAAAAUGUACCAUUGCACGGCUUUAGGAGGUGACAUCACAAUAUGAUUCAAUUCAUUGCGCUCAGUAAAAAAUAGAGGGGGGCAAUAUGUGUAUGGCCUUCUGGUUAAAUGCUCAAUGCUGUCAUGCGCCCUUGUAUUGUGGGAUUUCGCUUUUCGCUUUCUAUAUUUUUACUCCCUUUUUCCUAGAUUAAUGCAGGGACUAAAAAAUAUUUUUUUUUUCUUCAUAUUUUCGCUAAAUUCAGAGGCGUUGUACAACACACAUACUUGUAGGGAAUAUUCUAUUCAACUCACCUCAUGCAAAACCUCGCACCAUCACACUCAUGCCUAUUCGCUAUUUGUAUAUUAUGUCCUCUCAUGGGGCAUUGUAAGAAUUUUUCAUGGUAUUUUUUCUUGUACAAUAUUCAUUAACCUUCAAGAUUUAUAAAUUAUCAUUGUUUUCUGACUGAUAAAAAUAACAAAUACAAAAAUAUAGUGAAAAGCACAAUUGUGACAUUUUAAAUAAUAGUGAAAAAAAAACAUCACAAGUUGACUAUUCUGUGAUAAAGAUCAAGAGAAUAAAAUGCACUCUAGAUGACUAUUUUGUUAUCAAGAGAAUAAAAUGCA